AAUCGAAAGGGAUGAACACUGCCAAAAUUAGAUAUAAAAGUAACAUUGAUUCAGUUCCAAGUUAAUUGUUAAGUUGAUUUCACUCAGAUCAAGUUGAUUAUCGAUCCUCAUUUCUUCAAACUUUAAUUUCACCAUUCAAGUUAAAAUGAAUCUUUUGUUACCAUUCACAUUCAUCGUACUUUUAAUUGUUGCUCUAAGUGAUGCUGGACAUAAGCAUAAACACUUUAGUAAACAUUUCCAUAAGAGGCCAGCUCAUGUCAUCCAUUUUCCAGUAGUGGUCAAGCCUAAACCUGCUUUCUUCCAUGGACACAAGUUCAAACAUGGUGGAUUCGGACACGGAGGAGGAUAUGGAGGUGGACAUGGAGGUGGAUGGAAAAAGGGAUGGAAACAUCAUGGUUAAUCUUUCAAGCGAUUAAUCAACAGUUUCGAUUGGAACUUUUUUCCUUGAUAAACUUUCACCUUUCGUUUUUUUUGUGUACUUUUUCAUAUCUUCAACUGAUCCUUCCGACUGAUUAAAAGUUCAAUUGAUUUACUUUAA